CACCAAAUCAGUGGAGAAUAUAUCUUCUGAUCAAAGCGCUGGUGAGCCAACUAGAAGUUUCAUGUUUAUUUCCAUCUCAACUUUUCCUCAAUUCACACACAGGUGUCAAAAACAAUUGCUUUACCUCACCCACACUGUCCAAUCAAAAGCCACCAACUCACCCUCAGACCCUCAGAGGGGCAAUUUUCUCAUUUACAAAUUUUGCAAGGGCAGACUUGACACUUCUAGUUAUGACUAGAGAAUAACCUUUAUAUAUAUCAUUCAUGCUUCUCUUGUAAUGGACAUAGGCACUUGAUUGAGUUCUAUUUGUUUGAUUAAUUGCUUCACUGGUUUAUCCAAGAAAUGGAGACAGCAACUAAUAAAGGAAGAGGGUUCUUUAAAGGGAAGUUAACCAAAGCCAAGACUUUCCUUAGAGUGAAUUCCAAGCCUUCAAUCCCAGGGCAAUGCGGCACCAAUAAGGUUAGUCCAAGCCCCUAUAGCCUAAAUGGUUCAGUGGAUUUCUCUAGUUUCCAGAGCCAUGCAAAUCCUUCUUCAAUCCAAAGGUCGAGUGCCCAUCAACCUAGUUCCAUCCCACUGCAAUUUAGUGGCAAUAUCCAAUCAACCCAGAAGGUGUCUGCUGCUCAGCUGAGAAGCUUCCAUGACUAUGGUGGUGAUGAAAAUGUUGACAUGAAAGCUGCCAGCUACAUUUCUUACGUUCGUGAGCGUUUCAAGGUCGAAAAACUUGAUUCGGAAGCAUGGUAAGAGGAUUUGGAUUCUCUCAUAUUUAUCUACAAUAUAUAUAGAUUUUAUAGUUGUGUUUUGGCAUGUAAUAUAUAUGGUAGGUGUACGAGAGUAUGUCUUCCCAAUUUAAAGAAAUUAAAUAAUUCUCUUUUUAUUUUAUUUUAUUA